GGAGGUAGGAGGUGCAUCAUCAAGCCUCCGUUGCCUCUGCACCUUCCAUUGCAGCUAACUAGUUAGUGCCACCCAAUCCACAACACUCAAUCCACCUGUGUGUCAAAGUGCGGCCUUGGGCCAUAUAGUUACAAGUACAAUGGGUGUUCAAGAUGAAACUAAGAAAAGUGAUACUAAAGAACAGGAUUCACCUGCAAAAGUUAACAAGAAAGGAUCAAAGAAAGAUACCGUUGACAAAGAAAAAUCACCCAAGAACAAAGCUUUCGAUGGAAAAAAGAAGGAACAGUGCAUCUGCCAGAUAUGCACCUGCGGGCGACAUCGAUGCCCGCACUCGAAGACGCCGAACGUUUGGCAGCACACGUCGCUGGUGGACGAGGACGCCGUGAUGUCCUGCAGGAGUGAGCAGCAUUCUGCCUUCACUGUGCACGGCACCAAGUCCACCUCCCACGAGUCGCAGCACAGCGAGCACACAAGUCAUGAACUCAGGACGAGUGUCGAGGAGCACAGCAGAAGCGAGGUCGCUGGUCGCUCGUCUCAGACCCUGGAGGUGUCUGGAGUGUCCGUGGGGGGAGAGGCUCGGGCGACGGGUGUGUCCGGAGCAUCGAAUAUGCAGACGCUGUCCGCUGGAGGAGCUUCCGUCUCCGGAGCCGUUGUGACUGCUGGUCCUCAAGAACUUGAGUUGAAGUCGACGACCAAGUCCCGCAAAUUCUCGAAAAGCGAAAAAUCUUCAUCAGUUGAAGUUCGUAAAACUUCCUUCGAGAAACGAAUCUCUAGCAAGUCCAUGGAAAAAAAGAAAUCCAUUACGUCCACCAGCGGUGCUGUCGUCGAAGAAUUCAGCGCCGACAUGCACGAAGAAAUGUCGGAUAUUAAGGAAAGCUCAUCGAUUCAUCGAUCUUCAUCUAAAUCUUCGAAAGAAAUGAUGUCUUCAUCCACUUCCAUGGAACAAUCAAGCUCAAUGCGAGCGGAAGAAUCCUCGAAGUAUGAGGACCGUCGCAGCAUUUCAGGCGAGGUCAUGUUAACUGAGGGCCAUGAAACUACCGACACUCAAAUCGAGGCUCGGAUGAGCAGAUCGGCUAGGUCAUCACGCGUAGAGAAGUCCUCAGUGGAACAACGUAAGAGUUUGACGACAAGCAUGCAUCUCGAGUCGAGCCAGGAGCAAAGCAGCGACACAAUUCAUGCUUUCGAGGUCUCUGACGUGCGCGAUAUCAGCAGCCUGACUGAGGAGUCUACAGCGGCGACGAAGCAAGUAAUGGAGCAGACCAAGAUGGUAACUCUCAAGGGUGCCACGGAAACGGAUACUCGGAGCAGGCAACAAGUUAGAGCCGCCGGAAUUUCGUACAAAAACGAACAGCCCGUCUCGAUCUCUGGGGAGCGCGUGAGAGCUACGCGUCCACAAGACAAUCUGGCUCUCGACGGCGACUUUCAGGCACCUGAGCGGGAGGGACCUCCGGGCGCCGGCAUCCGCGCCGACGUCAGGCGGCAUAAGGACCAUCUUGAGAUGACUGGCGAGCUCGAAGGAGUCAGCAGCUCUCAAAAGAGUUACUCGGUGGUCCAUAAAAACGAUGAAGUGAUAAAGCAUGCCAAAGUGCAAAAGAAUAGCACUUGGUCACGUACUGAAGGAGAAAUGUUUUUGAAUAAGAAAAACACGGAAUUCAGCUCAGUAGAUCAAGUUGACAGAACUCGCAUGAUCAAAAGAGAGGACAAUCUCUCCAUGAGUGGUGAGUUUCAAGGGAAGAUAACGGAGAGUCAGUCGUUUGGAAAAAUAGAACAAGCUGCCAUUAAGCGAUACCCUGAUAAUCUCCGCAAGAGUGGCACGUUCGAUGAUUUAACUUUGGAAGAAAUCAAGCGCUAUCCGGAUAAUCUUCGAACGGACGAUGAUGGAAAGAUCCGCAGCAGAAGCCGCAGUCCAACCAAAGGAGACAGAGCUACCAUCAAACGAUAUAAUGAUAACUUGCGCUUGGAAGGCAGUUUUGAAACCACUGAAAAAACUGCUUUCGUAAAAGGAGAGAAAGCUGUUAUUAGGAAGCACUCCGAUAACUUACGCUCAGAAGGAGAAAUACUCGUUGAGUCCAAAGAUACUCAAUUUGUGCGAGGAGAGCGAGUCAAAACAAGAAAACAAGAGGACAACUUAAAACUUCAAGGCUCGUUUGAAGGGCGGGAGGAAUAUAAAAUUGUUAGAGGUGAGCGUGUGCUGAUAAAGCGUAAGGAAGACAAUCUCCACCUUGAAGGUGAUUUCGUUGAACGUGAACAAGAAGUCUAUCAAAAAGGAGAAAGAGUGAGCAUGAGAAAGAGGAGUGAUAACCUUCAGAUCGAAGGGGAAUUUGAUGGGACGACUAGGCAGGAAGUAGUCGGUCGAGGAGAACGAGCUGAGGUUGUUAGACGUGAAGAUAACCUCAGGAUGACCGGUGAAUUCGAAGGAACCGAAAAACAACAAGUGAUGGUAGGAGAGCGAGCAACGUAUAAAAGAAAAAUGGAUAAUUUGAAAAUGGCUGGAGAUUUCGAUGCUCCCACCCCUGGUGAAGCUCCAAAAGGUGAGAGAGCUCCAACGAAGCGCCAUCCCGAUACACUUCAUUUGGAAGGCGAUUUUUCGGCCCCCGAGAAAGACAAGGUAACGAAAGGUGAGCGAGCACCAACUAAACGUCAUCCGGACAACCUCAGAAUGGACGGCGACUUUGAGGGAAAGGAGGAAACUAUGACUUAUAUGAGAGGCGAUCGGGCUAAUAUUGUCAGAAAAACUGACACAUUGUCGAUGUCUGGUGAAUUUACCGGAAAAGAAUAUGAAACCGUGCAAAUGACUAAACGUUCUGAACUCGUGAAACGUGAAGAUAAUCUGACGAUUGAAGGAGAUUUUGAUGCCCCAUCAAAAGGAACGGCUCCUAAAGGGGAAAGGGCUCCAGUCAAAAGGCACUCGGAUAACUUGGCGCUAGUUGGUGAUUUCGAUGCUCCUGAGAAAGCACCAGUUCAGCGAGGUGAACGGGCUCCUGCUAAGAAGCAUUUGGACAACCUCCAUAUUACUGGGGACUUUGAGGGAAAAGAAACCGAAACGUUCAUGCGUGCAGAAAGACAAUCUAUUGUGCGCAGAGAAGAUAACCUUCACAUGACCGGUGAAUUUGUGGGCAAGGAGUAUGAACAAGUUCGAGUUGGAGAGAGAGCAGAAAUUCGCCGCAGGACUGACAACUUGAAAAUGGAGGGAGACUUUGAAGCUCCUGAUCAUCCUGAAAUAGCUCGUGGUGAGAGGGCGCCAGUCAGACGACACCCUGACAAUUUAGAAGUAAUCGGGGACUUCGAGGCUCCCGAUAAAGGUGAGGCUCCCAGAGGAAUACGUGCACCUGUCAAGAAACAUUCAGAUAAUCUUCAUUUGGCUGGUGAAUUUGCUGCUCCUCGUCCUAGCGAAGUUCCUCGCGGAGAAAGAGUACCAAUGAAGAAGCAUCCCGAUAAUUUGAAAAUGACGGGUGACUUCGAAGGCAAACUUCGGGAAGAUGCUCCACUUGGCGAGCGAGAACCCGUCAGGCGUCACCCAGACAACCUUAAAAUGGAUGGUGAUUUCGAGGCUCCUGAAAAUGGUGAAGUUCCUAGAGGUGAACGAGCUCCAGUCAGAAGACACCCCGACAACUUGCGAAUGGACGGCGAGUUUGAAGGUAAGCCAAUGGGAGAAGUUCCAAAAGGCCAACGGGAACCCGCGAAACGUCGUCCGGAUAACUUGAGGAUGGAUGGUGAUUUUGAAGCCCCGGAGCAUGAAGACGUGCCUCGUGGCGAACGAGCUCCUGUUAGGAAGCAUCCGGACAAUUUAAAAAUGGUUGGCGAUUUCGAGGGUAAGCCAGUGCAAGAAGUUCACAAAGGUCAACGAGAACCCGUCAAACGUCAUCCUGAUAACCUGAGAAUGGACGGUGAUUUCGUUGGUAAAGAAGAAUACAUAGUGCAAAGGGGCGAACGUGUUGAAAUUCAGAAGCGUACAGAUAACUUGAAAAUGGCAGGAGAGUUCUAUGGCAAGGAAUAUGAAGAAGUGAGGAGGGGUGAAAGAGUUGAAACUAAGCGUCACGUCGACAACUUGCGGAUGGAGGGUGACUUUGAUGCACCAGAACAUGGCGAAGUCCUAAGAGGAGAAAGAGCGCCUAUAAAAAAACAUGCAGAUAAUCUGAAAAUGGUCGGAGACUUUCAAGGCAAACCUCAGGAGGAAAUUCCUUUCGUUCAACGAGAACCGGGUAAAAAACAUGCCGACAAUCUUUAUAUGGAUGGUGAUUUUGCUGCUCCAGAACAAGAAGAUGCUCCAAGAGGUGAGAGAGUCCCAAUUAAAAAGCACCCCGAUAACCUUCGCAUGACCGGGGAUUUCCAAGCUCCAGAACAGGAGCGAGCUCCUAGAGGUGAGAGAGCUCCGGUGAAGAAACAUCCCGACAAUUUGCAGAUGAUCGGAGACUUCGAAGGGAAACCAAGAGAAGAUGUUCCGUAUGGAAUACGAGAACCUAUCAAACGACAUCCGGAUAAUUUAACCAUGACCGGUGAAUUUAUCGGAAAGGAUCAUGAAAAAGUAAUGAAAGGGGAAAGGGUUGAGGUGGUCAGGCGCUCUGAUAAUCUUCAUAUGACAGGUGAGUUCAUUGGUAAAGAAUAUCAACAAGUGUACGUCGGAGAGAGGGCCAAAAUCACCCGUCAUCACGACAACCUGAUCAUGGAAGGCGAUUUUGAAACUCCUGAUGUCGCUGAUGCUCCGCGAGCCGAACGAGUAACAGUACGCAAACACCCCGAUAAUUUACAAAUGACUGGAGAUUUCCAAGGGAAACCUCGAGAAGUAGCCCCAUACGUUCGACGAGAACCAGGGAAAAAGCAUUCUGAUAAUCUUCAGAUGACUGGGGAUUUCACAGCCCCAGAGCAGCGAGAUGCUCCCCGUGGUGAACGAGCUCCAGUGAGGAAGCAUCCUGAUAAUUUGCAAAUGGUCGGAGACUUCGAAGGAAAACCCUUCGAAGAAAUACCAUAUGUAAUCCGAGAACCGGGCAAGAAGCAUCCUGACAACUUGCAAAUGACUGGAGAUUUCAUAGCCCCAGAGCAGCGGGAUGCUCCUCGAGGUGAACGGGCUCCAGUAAGGAAGCAUCCAGAUAACUUGCAAAUGGUCGGAGACUUUGAAGGGAAACCACGCGAAGAGGUUCCGUAUGUUGUUCGAGAACCCGGCAAAAAGCAUCCAGACAACUUGCUAAUGACUGGAGAUUUCACUGCUCCAGAGCAGCGAGAUGCUCCACGUGGUGAACGUGCUCCAGUGAGAAAGCAUCCAGAUAAUUUGCAAAUGGUCGGAGACUUUGAAGGGAAACCACGCGAAGAGGUUCCGUAUGUUGUACGAGAACCUGGUAAAAAGCAUCCCGACAACUUGCAGAUGACUGGAGAUUUCACAGGCCCAGAGCAGCAAGAUGCUCCACGUGGUGAACGGGCUCCAGUAAGGAAGCAUCCAGAUAAUUUGCAAAUGGUCGGAGACUUCGAAGGGAAACCUCGUGAAGAGGUCCCGUAUGUUGUCCGAGAACCUGGCAAAAAGCACCCCGACAACUUGCAGGUGACAGGUGAUUUCACAGCACCAGAGCAGCGAGAUGCUCCUAGAGGUGAACGAGCUCCAGUGAGGAAGCAUCCAGAUAAUUUGCAAAUGGUCGGAGACUUCGAAGGGAAACCCUUCGAAGAAAUACCAUAUGUUGUCCGAGAACCUGGCAAGAAGCAUCCUGACAACUUGCAAAUGACUGGAGAUUUCAUAGCCCCAGAGCAGCGGGAUGCUCCUCGAGGUGAACGGGCUCCAGUGAAGAAGCAUCCAGAUAAUUUGCAAAUGGUCGGAGACUUUGAAGGGAAACCUCGCGAAGAGGUUCCGUAUGUUAUCCGAGAACCUGGCAGAAGGCAUCCCGACAAUUUGCAGGUGACAGGAGAUUUCGCAGCCCCAGAGCAGCGAGAUGCUCCACGUGGUGAACGGGCUCCCGUGAGGAAGCAUCCAGAUAAUUUGCAAAUGGUUGGAAAAUUCGAAGGGAAACCUCGUGAAGAGGUUCCGUAUGUUGUCCGAGAACCUGGCAAAAAGCAUCCUGACAACUUGCAAAUGACUGGAGAUUUCACAACACCAGAACAGCGAGAUGCUCCUCGUGGUGAACGAGCUCCAGUGAAGAAGCAUCCAGAUAAUUUGCAAAUGGUCGGAGACUUCGAAGGAAAACCACGCGAAGAAAUACCGUAUGUUGUUCGAGAACCUGGCAAAAAAUACCCUGAUAAUCUCCAGAUGACCGGUGAUUUCAUAGCCCCAGAGCAGCGAGAUGCUCCUCGUGGUGAACGAGCUCCAGUGAAGAAGCAUCCAGAUAAUUUACAAAUGGUCGGAGAUUUCGAAGGGAAACCCAUCGAAGAUAUACCAUAUGUUGUUCGAGAACCUGGCAAGAAGCAUCCUGACAACCUGCAGAUGACUGGAGAUUUUGCUGCUCCUGACCAGAGAGAUGCUCCUCGGGGUGAACGAGCUCCGGUGAAAAGACAUCCAGAUAAUCUGAAAAUGGUCGGAGACUUCGAAGGGAAACUCCGAGAAGAAAUACCGUAUGUUGUCCGAGAACCUGGCAAGAAGCAUCCAGACAACUUGCAGAUGACAGGCGACUUCACAGCUCCUGAAUACAGAGAUGCUCCCCGCGGAGAGAGGGCUCUAGUUCGGAAAUAUCCUGAUAAUCUACAAAUGGACGGAGAUUUUCUUGCACCAGAACACGCAGAUGCUCCUCGUGGUGAGAGAGCACCUGUGACAAAACAUCCUGACAAUUUGAAAAUGACGGGAGAUUUCCAAGGUAAACCCCACGAAGAAAUACCAUAUGUAGUUCGUGAGCCAGGUAAGAAACAUCCAGAUAAUCUGAAGAUGACAGGUGAUUUCACUGCUCCUGAGCAGAGAGAUGCACCUCGUGGUGAAAGAGCUCCGAUCAAAAGACAUCCUGAUAAUCUGGAAAUGACGGGAGAUUUCCACGCUCCUGAACAAGAAAAAGCUCCAAGAGGGGAGAGAGCUACAGUUACGAAGCAUCCUGAUAACUUGAAAAUGGUUGGUGACUUUGAGAGCAAGCCUCGAGAAGAAGUUCCGUAUGCGCAGCGGGCUCCAGUAAAACGUCAUCCAGAUAAUUUAGAAAUGACUGGAGAAUUUACUGGAAAAGAGCUUGAACGGGUUGUCCGUGGCGAGAGAGUGGAAGUAAUUAAACGAACUGACAAUCUGCAAAUGACUGGUGAAUUCGUUGGAAAAGAGUACGAACAAGUCAGAGUUGGAGAAAGAGCUGAAAUCACUCGCCACCGUGAUACUUUAAAGAUGGAAGGAGAAUUUAUAGCUCCAGAAGUUGGUGAUGCACCAAAAGGCGAUCGAGCUCCAAUUAAGAGGCAUCCCGACAAUUUACAGAUGGAUGGAGAUUUCAUUGGAAAACCCAAGGAUGAAGUUCAAUAUGUGCAACGAGAACCAAUUAAGCGACAUCUUGAUAAUCUAUUCAUGGAUGGUGAUUUUUCUGCUCCUGAGCCUAAAGAUGCUCCCCGGGGUGAACGAGUUCCUACUAAAAGGCAUCCGGAUAAUUUGACAAUGGACGGAGACUUUGAAGGAAAACCUCAUUAUGAAGUGCCAUAUGGCCAACGGGAGCCAGUCAAGAAACAUCCAGACAAUCUGUUCGUGGAUGGAGACUUUGUCGCACCAGAGCAUGGAGAAGCACCUAGAGGUGAGCGUGCUCCUAUCAAGAGGCAUCCAGAUAACUUGAAAAUGUCAGGUGACUUUGAAGCUCCUGAAACUGAAAAGAUUGAGAGAGGAGAACGAGCUCCCAUCAAGAAGCACGAAGAUAAUUUGAAAAUGGAAGGAGACUUCGUUGGUAAACCCAAAGGUCGUGCUCCUCGGGGAGAACGUCAGCCAGUAAAAAAACAUCCAGACAAUUUGUUGAUGACGGGUGAGUUCACAACCAAGGAACAAGAGACUGUAGUUCGUGGAGAGCGAGCUGAAGUGCGAAAGAGAAUCGAUAAUUUAAAGAUGACCGGUGAAUUCGUCGGAAAAGAAUAUGAAACUGUAACCGUUGGCGAGAGAGCUGAAGUGAAACGUCAUGACGAUAAUUUGAGAAUGGAGGGUGAUUUCCAAGUACCGAGACCUAUCGAAGUGGCUCGUGGAGAACGUGCACCUACCAAAAGGUAUCCCGAUAAUUUGAAAUCCGAUGGCGAUUUCGAAGGAAAGCCAAGGCCAGAAGCACCACGAGGAGAACGAGAGCCAACUAAGCGUCACAUUGACAAUCUCAAAAUGACAGGAGAAUUUACAGGGAAGGAAGAAGAAGUUGUUAACAGAGGGGAACGCGCAGAGAUUCGUCGGCAUGUAGAUUCCCUUCAGAUGACCGGCGAAUUUGUUGGUAAGGAAACUCACGUGGUUACAAAAGGAGAACGCGCAGAAAUUACACGGAGAGAAGACACUUUGAGACUGGAAGGAGAUUUUUCUCCAUCUAAACCCGGAGAAGCACCAAGAGGAGAACGUGCUCCUAUCAAGAGACACCCUGAUAACCUGCGCAUGGAUGGAGAUUUCGAAGGAAAACCGAAGGAACCUGCUAAUAGAGGCCAGAGGGAACCCAGUAAGAAGCAUCCUGAUAAUCUCUUUAUAGACGGUGAUUUUGAUGUACCGACGAAGAAAGGAGCUCCUCGCGGAGAGCGUGCACCAAUAAAGAAACAUCCUGAUAACCUUAAAAUGAAAGGAACUUUCGAAGAUCAUCGUGAGAAAGCUACUAUAGUUCGCGGUGACCGUGUCAGCAUCGUGCGGCAUGAUGAUAACCUGAGGAUGGACGGUGAUUUCAUGAGCAAGGAUAUUGAGAGGGCGGCUUAUGGAGAACGUGUCACAAUCAAGAAGCAAGAGGAUAAUCUGCGCAUGGAAGGCAUUUUUACCGGAAAAGAACACGAGAGUAUCAAAAUGGCUGAAAGAACUGAAGUUAGGAGACAUGAAGACAAUCUGAAAAUGGUUGGUGAAUUUUUCGCACCAGAGUCUGUUGGAGUUGUGAAAGGAGAACGAGCCGAUAUUGUGAGGCACGAAGACAAUCUUAGAAUGAAAGGAGAAUUUUACGCUCCCGAGACCGGAGAUGUUCCUCGAGGAGAGAGAGCUCCUGUUUCUCGUCAUCCAGAUCACCUUCGGCUUGAUGGUGACUUCACAGGCAAAGAGAUGGAAUCAUUCCGUUACGGCGAACGUUCCACCAUCAAGAAGCAUGAAGAUACGCUGAAACUAGAAGGUGAUUUCAAGGGAAAAGAAGUGGUGUCUUCUGUUGUAAUAGGAGAACGUGCUACAACGAGAAGGCACAGCGACAACCUGAAAAUGGAGGGAGAGCUAACUGUCGAGAAGAAGCAAGUUGCUACGAAAGGAACAAGAGCCGAAAUUCGGAAGCAUUCGGACCAUAUGCGUAUGGAGGGCACUUUUGAAGGUCGAAAACAGACUCGUGUCGUAAAAGGCGAAAGGGCGACCAUGAAAAAGCACGAGGAUCAUUUGAGAAUUGAAGGCCGACACGAAAUCCAUGAAAAAGAAUUCGUCGGAAAAGGGGAGAGAGCUGAGAUGAAAAAAUACGAAGAUAAUCUUAAAAUGGAGGGAGUGUUCGAAGGUAAAGCGAUCUCAAGCGUCACGCGAACUACUGAGAGAGCUCAGUUGAAAAAACCUAAGGAUAAUUUGCGGUCAGAAGAUUCUCUAGAAGCCCGUCGCACUAAUAAUGUUGUGAGAGGAGAGCGUACAACCAUGAAGAAACAGGAGGAUAGCCUUCGAAAGGAAGACGAAAUGCAUGUCACGCAACAAACUAAAACAAUAAUAGGGGAACGAUCGGAGACGAAUAUGCACGAAGAAAUAACUCGGUCAGAACACACUUCAAGAACUGCAGUUACAGAAGGGAUGAAGAGGAAUGAAACCUUCCGUGUUAAAGGGGCUCGUUCUGAGAUGGUGAAACAAGCCGAUCAUUUAAAAAUGGAAGGCGAGUUUUACGCAACAUCCUCUGACGUGAGCCCAAAUCAAGGCUCUCGACCCCAAGUCAAUGGCGACCGGGCUGGUCAGAAGCGUUAUCCCGAUAACCUUUCACUGAACGGUGAUUUACCUGGACGUGAUAAGGUCAGCCCUGGUGUUGGAGAAAGGCUUCCUCAGAAGCGCUACCCCGACAACCUUAAAAUGGAAGGAAACUAUGAAAGCAGAGAGCGACGAGUUGGAGCUGCUGGUCAGCGUAUUCAAAGGACCCAUCAGAAAGAUUCGUCUUCUUCGUCGUUGGACGUUGCAAACUCAACCACAGGCAGUAUGCGAGAAGUAUACGGUGUUGAUGGGUCGGUUGUUAGGACAGGAGCUCGAAAGGAAGUCUUGGGAGAUGCCAAGGAAUCAGUCCAGACAAGCUCAGUAACCACUGCAGAUGGAAGGACAAUUACUCGUGUAGUCAAAGAAGCUCGGAUAAGCAAGUCUGCAUCAAACGAGUCGGAAAUGAAAAAUUCAUCAGAAAGAAAAGUAACUUCGGCGGAAUCGCAAGAAACUAGCCAGAAAAAGGAAACUCAGAACGCCACCCGAGCAUCUGUAGUGUCCACAAGAAGAGCUCAACAUCAGUCAUCUUUUAGUUUAGGCGAGGAUUCGACCUCCAUGACUGACGGAAAAUCUGUCCGCAGAAUCACUAAGACAGAAAAAAGCCUUGACGCCAAGCUUGGAACUUCAGCCACCCCGAAAGAAAUGGCAUCAUCAUUGCGUCAAGCUGAAUCUCUGGACCUCCGCGGGGACGCUAAAAUUGAAAGUUCAACAGCUCACUCAUCAUCUCAUGCUUUGUCUUCGUCACAGCGCAGUCGCCAAGAAAGUCAUUCGAUACAUCAGAGUGGCCAGCAGCACGAAGAGUACCAGAAGUGGUCGCACCACCAACACAGCGAGCAAAGGCGGUCAACGAUCUCCAGCAGCGAGCGACGGUCAGAAGCUAGUGAAGGACGAGCCGUUCGUGGUCGUGCAAACGCUUCGUCAAUAACAUUCCAUUCUGAGUAUGACCCAUGGAGGGAUGCUACUAUAACUCGCAAGGGAGAAUGGAAAAUCGUCACUCCGUGCCCUGCUUCGCUGCUCAAUACGGAUAAAUCCCCGUAUCAACCGACUCGCACAGCUCCCGAGCAUAAGUUUUACAUGCCUGUGAUAGAACAGUAAAAAUGUUGCGACACUUGUAGCUUAAAGAACAUAUUCAAAUUUCCUAAAUCAGAACGUAAAUGUUAGAAUGAUAAAUUGCUUGCAGAAAGGACAUCGUGCAAGCUCUUUUUUCUUCCCGCUUUGAGUUCUAGAUUGACAAUAACUUAUCCAGCUGCUGUUAUUCCUAGUUGAUAGUUUAACCAUAUUUCUAGUUAAGCAGCUGCUACUAAUUCUCGAAGUCUAACUUUGCAUCUAUAAUGUUAAGAAGAAUUUCUUGCUGUUUUUGAACGGAAAAUAUCUUCGUACUCUAAGGCAAUUAUAAUCAAGGAUAAUUUAAUUCUAACUCUUCCUUUAUUUCCCAAUCUGAUCAAUUUUUAUUCCUAUUGUAUGGUCAAUGGUCUAGUGUGGCUACGAUCAUUUCUACAACUAUGAAGAAUAUUUUAUAAAUCUAUUUGAUCUAUUUUACAAUUCACUGUCAAUGAAAAGCCUGUUGAUGGGUUAAGCAAUUUAUUUUAUCACCUGCGUGAUGUAAGUAGUAAGGAGAAAAUUUUAUGUUAUUUAUCAAUGUUAAUGUUAACAGCGAAAUGCAAUUCUUGCGCACUUAUUUCAGCAACUAACACUCUGCUCGCCCUGUCGAGCGCAGCUUCUUUAUUGGUUUAUUGCAAUAAAGAAAAUUAUAGUCAUUAGUCAAUGAAAUGAUUCACAGUACAUGCUUGGCAAGUU